GGCAGCGGCACCCGCGAGCCGUCACCGGGCGGGGCCAUCGCAACCGCGCGCAAAGAGGCCGAGCGGGAGCCCGGACCGCGCGGGACCAGGAACUUUGUGCUCUGCUGAGUCUGGUGUACCCAGGGCUCCUGUUCUCAGUUGGAUAGACCCCUAGUACAGAGACCUCUUUCUUCUACCUAUGGGAAGAAGCAUCUGAAUGCUUAUAAGCACAGCAGGACCCCAAGACCUGACUGGAAGAUACCACCUCUCCUCGCCUCUGCCCUUCCCACAGACUGUUCUGCGAUGACCACAGCAAGGUACCGGCCCACCUGGGACCUGGCCCUCGACCCACUGGUGUCCUGCAAGCUGUGCCUCGGGGAAUACCCAGCGGAGCAGAUGACAACCAUCGCGCAGUGCCAGUGUAUCUUCUGUACCCUGUGCCUGAAACAGUAUGUUGAGCUCUUGAUCAAAGAAGGGCUAGAAACUGCAAUUAGCUGUCCGGAUGCUGCCUGUCCUAAACAGGGCCACCUUCAGGAGAAUGAAAUUGAGUGUAUGGUUGCAGCUGAAAUUAUGCAGAGAUAUAAAAAGCUACAGUUUGAAAGAGAGGUGCUCUUUGACCCUUGUCGGACGUGGUGCCCAGCAUCCACCUGCCAGGCCGUGUGCCAACUCCAGGACAUAGGACUGCAGACCCCGCAGCUGGUGCAGUGCAAAGCCUGCGACAUGGAAUUCUGCUCCGCUUGCAAAGCCCGCUGGCACCCUGGCCAAGGCUGCCCAGAGACCAUGCCCAUCACAUUCCUUCCUGGGGAGACCAGCUCUGCUUUCAAGAUGGAAGAGGGAGACGCACCCAUCAAACGCUGCCCCAAGUGCAGGGUGUACAUCGAGCGGGAUGAGGGCUGUGCACAGAUGAUGUGUAAGAACUGCAAGCAUGCCUUCUGCUGGUACUGCCUGGAGUCUCUGGAUGAUGACUUCCUUCUGAUACAUUAUGACAAGGGGCCCUGCCGCAACAAGCUGGGCCACUCCCGAGCGUCAGUGAUCUGGCAUCGGACACAGGUGGUGGGAAUUUUUGCUGGAUUUGGUCUCCUGCUCUUAGUGGCCUCCCCUUUCUUGCUCCUGGCCACACCCUUUGUACUUUGCUGCAAAUGCAAGUGCAGUAAAGGUGACGAUGACCCAUUGCCCACCUAGAGAACGGCAUGAUGCUGGAACAGACCCCUUCCUCGGGACAUGUGGCUCCCCUAUCCCCUCACAUCCCUCUCACUAAACAUGUUUUUUGCCUUAUGUGCCCCUUCGAGCUUCAGUGUCCGGCUUGCUGCAGAGAUUUCAGGGAUGACACCAGCAAGUGGGCAGAGGCCCAGGUGUGGUCUUCUGGGUGCUGCUGAGGCAAGGGAGGCAGAAGUGGGUGGGGGACAUCCCACAGAGUCAUUCUGUCUGCAGACCUGGCUGGAGGUGGCAUCAACUGCAUAUCAGGCAGUUUCCUCCAUAGACUGGAAAUGUCCAGUGGGAGUUUACGAGACCCACUUGGAUAAAGGGACACCUUGGCUUCGAGAUGGCACUGUGUUGUCAGUAGAAGUUUUCAAGGACUAGGACUCUCUUCGCCAGCACCUGAAUAUCUGACUUGAGAAAACCACCCUGUUUGUGACAACUGUUUUUAUUCCUAGAGGCAUUUAGUAAAAUCCUUUUUAGAAGGCUUUUUCCCCCCUGUCAACUGAGUAGUGAAAAAUCAAUAAGGUGCGUAUAAACCAUCCUAUGCCUUUUUUCCAAAAUGUGCAUUUUAUGAAGUUAUAGAUAAAUCUAUUCUGGCCUGACCAUUUUUUUUCAGGAGCUACAGAAAGCCUUAUGCACACUCUGUGUUUUUCUUGGAACCUGCUGUAAUCAGUAUUUGAAUGCUGUGAGCUGUGUACUGUUACUCACAUGGGCCCCGAAUCACUGCAUUUCUUUGAAAACACUGCGACAUUUGAAGGGUCAUCCCUAGCCUUCCACCAUUGCCCUCUGCCCCAGUUCAGAUGACAGGGCGCACCCUUCGUCCACUUCCCCCCAGGUGGCGCCAGAUGCCUUUGAGUAUCUUUAAACCAGAUGUUUUCCUCGGAAAUAAUUUUACUCCGAGUGACUCUGUUUUGAUUUCUUUCCCCAUGUUUUAGGUCGGCAGCAAGGAGACAGUGUCUUCCAUCCCUGGGGAACUCUUGGAGGCUGGGUUGAGUCUAGUCAUUGUUCAAAUGCUUUAAGUAAUUUGAAAAAUCAUGUGACUCACAUAGUCUGAACCCUGUGGUUAACCAGUUUGUUCUUGUUAGGGGAAAAAAAAAUAAGUGAAAAAAUGGAAA